CACCACUCACUCACUCACUCUUGCUACAAAACCUUGUACCUUCGUUUCAUCAAUCAUCACUCUGAUCAAAUCAGAUUCCAAAGCUCCAAAGAUGGAGGCUCAAGCUGUAGCCAGGCGCAGGAUCAACACCAUCGCCUCUCACUUUCAACUUCCCUCCACCGAUGACCACUCCUUGUCUCCCACUCAUGUCCUCCCCAUGAACUGCAGCAGCACUUUGAACUCUGUGAUUCGAAGGUACGAUAAUAAAAUGUACUUUGCGAGGCAAGGAUCUGUUUAUCUACCUAAUUUCAUGAGACAAACUUCAAAUGAAGAUGUGAUUGAGACUGUGAACGAAAACAACAACAGCACCACCACUUUAAACUCUGCCACCAGAAGAUUUGACAAUAGACUGUUUUUUGCUCGCCAAGGAUCUGCUUACCAAGCCAAUUUCAUGAGGGAGGCAUCCAAUGAUGAGGUACUUCCUCCCCAACCAGACACUCCUCCUAAAUCCUCUUAUUCUAGAAAUGAGGGUCUCUAUUAUGUUUCUCCAGAACGACCCUCAUUUUCUAGACCUUGCUUACAAGCACAAGCUGUUGAGCAAUAUCAUGCUGACACUCCUAAGUUUUCUGUACCAAGUGGAAUACUCAGUCAUCAAAGAGAGCAACACUCCUCCUGCUCUAAUGUGAUGGAAUGGUCCCCAAGGAUGGAUGUUGCAGAAUCAGGACGCAACUUUGUCAUCACUGUUGAGAUUCCAGGAGUUUGUGUCAAAGAUAUUAGGGUGGAAGUUGAUGAUAAGAGGUUGUCUGUAGCAGGCAAACGCUCCACAGAGCACUGGAAAGUGUCAGGCUGUUCUAAUGACUCUACUGCCUCUGCAUAUCUCAGAAGAGAGAUUGUGGAAGGGCCAUAUGAGGUUGUGUGGCCACUUCCAUCUAAUGUGAACAAAGACUCUGUCUCAGCUGAGUUUCUAGAUGGAUUUCUACGAGUGAUUAUUCCUAAACUUUGAGAACCUGUUAGUGACUAAGGCAAUACUACAUAUGCAAUAUCAGGUCAUGUGGCAGAGACAAUGCUCAAACAUCAUGAAUAAAAGUCUUUAGAGCUAUAAUAUAUUGUAUUAUGUUAAGAAGUGUUCGAUCUUGCUUCAUAAUGUAUUUGAGUGAACUCUAGAGUUUCCCAAGUACUGCUAUAAAUACGAGUAAUCAUACAUCGUUUGUACUCAAUAGAAAAUAGUGUUCUAAAUAAAGAAGCUACUGUUUAGUUUA